AUGUGCAGCUAUUGGGUUGUAUUAACCUUUUGCUGCUUGGGACAGCUGUGUGCAGAUCAAAGCCUGAAGCCUCAGCUUGCAGCCUCUCAGCUUGCUACCAACAAUCCCACUCUCACUACAGUUGCCCUAGAGAAACCUUUCUGUAUGUUUGACAGCUCACUGUCUCCAAAUAAAUCUUACAUCAUCUACUUAUAUGCAAUGAAGGAAUCAGCAAGUGCAAUAAGCUCCCUGGUGACCAACAACAGCAGCAAACCACUCGACAGCACCUUCCAACAAACAAGCGGGGGGCAGCUUGGACCUUACAAGGCUGCCUUGUUCAAGGUACCCAAUUGUGCAUCACCUCCCAAACUUGCUGAUGUAGGAGAUGUCAACAAAGUGUCUGAUGUCCUGAAACGAUACCUCUUCAGAGUCGGGGAUGACGGGACUUGUUUGUACGACCCAAACUUCCUAGGUGUCUGUAACCCACCUCUUGCACCAGACACAACAUACAGGUUUAAAUAUGUGUUGCUAGAUACCACUGAAAGUAUCAUGAAAGGCCAAACUCUCUGGUCUGAUCCAAUCAAAACCAGAAGAGGGGAUCAGACAGUUCUGCAAAGACAAGGUGCAUGUCUCAAACUAUUCAACAAAGUGAACCGAGACCACAGUUAA